AUGGUCAGGGUACUCAGCGCUGUUGCACCGCUGUUGGUGUUGGCCGCUAGGCUGGGGCUUGCUCAGUUCGUCGAGCCCCCAACGGACCUUGUCACGCGACAGGGCUUCCAAGACACCACCGUUCGUUUCAAGGAGGUACCCCACGGCAUCUGCGAGACUGUCGAGGGGGUUAAAAGCUAUUCAGGAUUCGUUGACCUCUCGGAGAACCAGCAUGUCUUCUUCUGGUUCUUCGAGGCGCGCAAUCAGAAUCCAAAGGAGGCGCCCUUGACCAUGUGGAUCAACGGUGGUCCCGGUUCCUCGAGCAUGAUUGGACUCUUCCAGGAGCUGGGACCUUGCGGAGUCAAAGACGGAAAGGUCUAUCAAAACCCCUAUGCUUGGAACAACGUGUCGAACAUGCUCUUCAUCGACGAACCCGUGACUGUCGGCCUCUCCUACACCAAGGCAGUCCCAGCCUACGUGAACUCGGCGUUCUCGAGCAGGACCUCGGUGCUACCCAACAACACUUGCCCCGAGUACGCACAAAACCAAGGAACUUGCGGGACCUACUCGCUGCCCCAGAGCAACCUCGUGCCCAACUCGACGCAGAACGCCGCUCCAUUUGUGUGGAAGACACUGCAAAGCUGGAUGAAGGCAUUCCCGCAGUACUCCCAAAAGGACUUCCACAUCGCCACAGAGAGCUAUGGAGGACACUAUGGUCCUGUCUUCUCGAGAUAUAUCCUUGACCAGAACGAGAAGAACAUCGAAGGGGCCAAGAAGAUCAACCUUAAGAGUCUUACUCUUAACAACGGAUGGAUUGACCCGUCGAUCCACUAUCCCGCAUACUACAACAUUACGCAGAACAAUCCCUUCGGGAUCGAGUUCUACAACAAGUCCACGUCCGAGGAGCUUUAUCACGCAGCCUUCGGCCCCGGAAAUUGUGCCGAUCGUCUCAAGGCGUGCAGGGACCUCGGCACGGAUCAGGUUUGCUACGAAGCCGACAGCUUCUGCACUGAUUACCUCGAGUCGCCAUUUGACAUCAUCACUGGUCGUGAUGAGUACGAUGUGCGCGAGUUGACGCCAGAUCCCUUCCCAUACGGCGAGUACGUCCAGUAUCUCAAUACCGCCGCCGUCCAAAAGGCCAUUGGCGCGUACACAAACUUCACCGAGGCCUCUCAGCUCGUUGGUGACGCUUUCCGCGUCACCGCAGAUGACGCCAGGGAGUCGGGAACAAUUGAGGACAUCAGGCAUCUCCUUGCCAACGAUGUCGCCGUCACACUGUGGGCAGGCGACGCCGACUUCAACUGCAACUACCUCGGCUCCCAGGUGGUAUCGGACGUGGUCAAUCACCGUGGCUAUGCCUCGUCUGGCUACACGGCCUUGCAAACGCCCGACGGCGUAAAGCACGGCGAGGUGCGACAGAGCGGCCUCUUUAGCUUCUCGCGAAUCUACAAGGCGGGCCACGAAAUUCCCUUCUACCAGCCAGAGGCCGCACUGCACGUCUUCAAUCGCUCGAUCCACAACCACGACAUUGCGACGGGACACGUUGACCUGACGUCGGCGUCCAACUACAAGACGCACGGUCCAAAGGAGUCGACGUUCAAGGAGGGGAACUCGACGGUGCAAUACAGCGUCCUGCCGUCCAAUUCGACUUACGACACCGCGACGGGUGCGCCGGUGCCCGUGCCCAAGGCGCGAUCGCUCAAGGAGGCACAAGAGCUCGAGUUCAUCCAGCUGCGAGCGUCCGAAAAGAGGAAGGCAAACGCGGCAGCAAAGGCCGCCAAGAGGGCCAAGAGGCGCAGUGCGGGAUAUUGACGGGCAGUAGCUCUCUCCAUGCAUCUUGUUAUUUAAUAAGCAUAUAGCAAGCAUCCUCUUUUGAUUUGCAAGACAACAUGCCGCCGGUUCCAAGAAUGGUACGGUACCAGAUGAAGUGGCUGCAGCGCCGCGGGGGGUCCAAUUCCCCCUCACCCCCGCGGAAUGGAUCAAUAUUUUUAGCGUCG